CAACAUACUCUCGCAGGCAGGGAAGAACAUGUCAGCUUCUGGCAAGAGUUGGCUGUUUGGAGUAGUGCUCUGUGGCCUGUCCAUCGCUGGAACUGCAGCAGGGGCUCCUGUGAUUCCAAGGCGUGUGACUGCCUCUGAACAUGGAGGCUAUGUAGAAUUACGCAGCUCAACUCCUCACAACAGGGCAAGUGGGCGCGUUGGGCGCGUUGCAGCAGGACUUCCUCACAUCCAUCAUUUCCGUUCAAAUGUGCUUUGGCCAAAGAAAUGACCGUCCCAAAGUGGUUACCAAGUAUGGGCCCUUGCAGGGCAAGCUGGCCAGCGUGAAGGGCAUCGACCAGCCUGUGAAUGUCUUCCUUGGGGUCCCUUUUGCCAAACCGCCGGUCGGAGCCCUGAGAUUCUCCCCACCGCAACCAGCAGAACCGUGGAGCCAUGUGAGGGAGUCAACGUCUAACCCUCCCAUGUGCCUGCAAGACUUGAGAUGGAUGGCUGAUUUUGGCAAGAUGCUGAAUGUGACGAUGCCUGACAUUGCGGUGGCCGAAGAUUGUCUUUACCUGAAUGUUUUCACCCCAGACACCAAGGCCAAAUUGCCUGUCAUGGUCUGGAUCCACGGAGGGGCUCUGGUAUUAGGUGGAGCUUUUCUAUAUGAUGGAUCAGCCUUGGCUGCUUAUGAAAAGGUGGUAGUCGUUGCGAUUCAGUACAGGCUGGGUCUCCCAGGAUUCUUCAGCACUGGUACCAGUGAUGCCCGUGGAAACUGGGGAUUACUGGAUCAAGUAGCCUCUCUCCAGUGGGUUCAGGAGAACAUUGCACAUUUUGGAGGAGAUCCCAAUUCUGUGACCAUAUUUGGAGAGUCUGCAGGAGCAUUUAGUGUUGGUAUUCAGCUCCUGUCCCCCUUGUCCAAAGGCUUGUUCCACAGGGCCAUCUCUGAGAGCGGAGUCACUCAGCUUCCAGACCUUGUCAUUACCCACCCAGAUGUCCUUGCUCAACUCUCAAAUAAAAUUGCAAACACCUUUGGCUGUGAGGCCAGCAGUUCCGCGCUGGUGCAUUGCUUGAGGAGCAAAACUGAAGAAGAACUCAUCACCCUGACUGCCAAAUUGACCCCGGGAUUUGGGAUUAUCCCCGCAGUAGUUGAUGGAGAGUUCAUUCGAAAGGCACCUGAGGAACUACUGGCCUCAAAGGAACUCAACACUGUCCCAUAUCUAUUGGGUAUGAAUAAUCACGAAUACGGAUGGGUUGUCCCUGCAGCACUGAACAUCUCCGGCAUAGCUGAAGGCAUGGAUAAGGAGACCAUCAUUGCUACAUUUCAGCAGAUAACCACCUCCACAAAGUUCUCACCUGAGUCUCUGCAGAUAAUACUGGAUGAAUACUUGGGAGACACCAAGGACCGUGCCAAGUUACGAGAUCGCUUUCUGGACAUGAUGGGAGAUAUGGUCUUUGUUGCUCCUUCUGUUGAGAUAGCUAGAUAUCAUAGAGAUUCUGGAGCUCCCGUCUACCUUUAUGAAUUCCAGUGCCGGCCCAGUGCAUUAAAACACACAAAGCCAGAUUUUGUAAAGGCAGAUCAUGGUGAUGAAAUUGGCUUUGUAUUUGGGGCACCGUUCUUAGGCAGUGAGUUAGCCGCUUUGAUGGGUAAAGCAACAGAGGCCGAGAUAGAGCUCAGCAGAAAAAUAAUGAAAUACUGGAGCAACUUUGCCCGAAAUGGGAAUCCAAAUGGCAAAGGUUUGGUGGAAUGGCCUCGGUAUGAUCUGAAUGAAGGAUACCUGGAAUUAAACUUGGAGCAAAGGAAAGCAGAGAAGCUGAAGAAGAACAAGGUGGACUUCUGGUUAAAGACACUGCCUGAAAAAAUGAAGCAAAUGGCUGAAGGAAAGGAAAAACACGGGGAGCUGUAACCAGUGGCCAAAAUUGUCCCAGCUUGUUUUUGUUUGUUUUGAGAACAAACACUUUCCAACAAGAAUUAUUUCAGUCUGUUUGUGAAUUUAUGGCAAUGGCAAAAUUAACGGCUUCAAUUAGAGGCAGCUCCAAGCAAAAAGUUGAGAGUGGGAGUGUGUAGAGACAUAUAUGGGAAAAUAUGGAAAGGGAAUUAAAUUUUAAUAUGAACAUAAAAGGAAAUACUUGCAAGGAUAUAAGAUAAUAGUACAAAGGAUAGAAUCAUUAAGUACAAACAACUCUUAACACAACAAGAAACAAUAAUAUAAAUACCAAUAGGAUCGCACAUGGGUGAGGGGAAGUUGGGAGGGAGGGGGGGAAGUAGAAGGUGGUAUCUGAAGAAUUAUUAAGAACCUUUAAGAACGUGAUAUAAAAGCCAGAUGAUAUAUGUAAUUGGAAACAUGUUGAUUGAUUGUGGCUGUAAGCUUUUUAUUUUCAAAUAAAAAUGAAUAAAUAAAUAAGAA